AUGGUUGAAACGACAUAACUGGAAAACGAUCUAUAUUUAGCAGUCAGGUGAAUACAUAAUUGUCUCAAUGGUGUAGAGUAAGUGGGUCGUGGAAAAGUGUAAUGACUCACCUCCACUAUCCCCACUAUCUCCACCAUCUCUACCAUCCCCACCACUCCCACCAUCUCCACCAUCCCCAACUUCUUUAAAGAGAAAAAGAGAGAGAGGGAGAGAGAGAGAGAGAGAGAGAAAGAGAGAGAGAAAGAGAGAGAAAGCUCACCUGAGCUCGUCGCCGGAGCAACCGUGUGCCGUGAUCACGUUCAGCUUGCCACCACCGAUAAACGCCCUAGAUUUGGAGUCCAUUUGAGCAGCUGGAGUUCAUAUAUACCACUUCUCUUCAUUGCUAAGGUGAGACCGACGAGCAGAAGUGAUUAUCGGACCGGUGCUAUUGGGCUUUUGGGCUUCUAUCGUUUUUACCGCUUUUAUCUUUAUCGGGCCUUUAGGCCUUUGGACUUUUAUCGUUUAUGUUAUUCCUAUUUCAGACUUUCGGUUUAUGUCGUAUUUUAUAUUUCGGAUGUUAUCGAUGUUGGGCUUUUAGGCCUUUUGGUAUCGUAUUGACUUUUAUAUUAUGAUAUGAAGAUUAUUAUUAUUUGAGUUGUAUUAUUAUUUUAUUUCCACUUUUAUCAAUUUAUUAUAUUUCGAAAGUAGCGGGUGCCACAUUUUGGUAUCAGAGCUAUUUACUUAUCGUAACAUUUUAUUAUGUAAAUCGGGGUGUCACAAUUUGGUAUCAGAGCGAGGUUCCGUCCCGGCUCCGACCCGGGAUGGCGAUUUUUGGAGACCUGGUUUUAUUCGGUUUUGACGGUUUUAAACGAUUUCAAAAUAUUUUCGGGGAUUUGGGAAUUUUGAAAAUAAAAAUAAAUAGCACCUUUUCGUUCGAUAUCACUGCUCCUUAAAAUGUUGGUAUCCAAAGUUCAGCGUAAGUUAAAUUUUCGCUUUCCUUUUAGAUGCCAUUUGGGUUGACGAACGCACCAGACGCGUUCAUGAAGCUUAUGAAUGAUGUAUUCCGUGAGCACUUAGAUAAGUGUGUGAUCGUUUUCAUAGAUGACACCUUGGUUUAUUCUCGGAGUAGAGAGGAGCAUGCUGAACAUUUGCGAAUUGUGUUGGGUAAGCUUCGGGAACAUCAGUUAUUUGCCAAGCUGAGUAAGUGUAGUUUUUGGCAGAAGAAGAUUGGAUUUUUGGGUCACGUGGUUUCGGAAGCAGGAGUUGCCGUAGAUCAGGAGAAGAUUAGCGCCAUUUCAGAGUGGCCGAUACCUAAGAAUGCGACGGAGAUCCGCAGUUUUCUCGGUUUGGCAGGAUACUACAGAAAGUAUGUCAAAAAUUUUGCUAGCAUUGCAAAGCCAAUGACACGGCUAACAGGAAAAGACACCGAGUUUGAUUGGACAGAGGAAUGUUCGGGGAGUUUCACUGAGUUGAAGCGACAGCUGACCCAUGCGCCAGUUUUGGUACUCCCGAGGCCAGGGGUACCAUAUGAUGUUUACACUGAUGCGUCAGGCACCGGAUUGGGAUGUGUACUGAUGCAGGAAGGUCAGGUCAUUGCCUAUGCAUCACGACAGUUGAGGCCUCACGAGACCAAUUAUCCUACUCAUGAUUUGGAGUUGGCAGCAGUUGUAUUUGCAUUAAAGAUCUGGAGGUCAUACUUGUAUGGAGAGAAGGUGAAGAUUUUCACGGACCACCAGAGUCUGAAGUACAUAUUUACGCAAACGGACUUGAAUUUGAGGCGGCGUAGAUGGAUGGAGUUGUUAGCAGACUACAAUUUGGAGAUCACAUAUCACCCGGGAAAAGCCAAUCAUGUGGCGGAUGCCUUGAGUAGGCGCAGAAGCGAUAUAACGGGAACCAAAGAGGUCCAGGAGCUUACUGGGAUACUUGCUAGUCUAAGAUUAUGUGCAGUUACUGUAGAGGGAGAGUCAGUUGGCGCUGAGGCUGUAGAGCGGGCAGACUUACAAUGGAGGAUACGCAAAGCUCAGGAUAGUGAUGAAGCUUUGCGUAAGCAGAUCGAGAUGGAGAGUAUUGGUUUUCAUACAGCAACCAACGGGAUGUUCAUAUAUCGAAACAGGAUUUGUGUGCCCAAUGAUGAGUUGUUAAGAAAGGAGAUAUUACAGCAAGCACACCACUCGAGUUUCUCUAUUCAUCCAGGAAAUACCAAGAUAUAUGGGACCAUAUCCUAUUUUGGAGCGGAUUGGAGCAGUUGCUUACCGACUAAAUUUAUCAGGAGAGUUAUCAGAUUUCCAUGACGUGUUUCAUGUUUCCGUUUUGAGGAAAGUAGUGAGAGAGCCAGAGCUCAUUUUGCAGCAACCACCUAGAAACCUUGGCAAAGGGUUACGUGGGUUGUGCCAGCCAGUAGAGAUAUUGGAUCGCCAAGUGAAAGCAGAUCGUGGAAUGAUGACCAUGUUAAUCAAGGUUCGUUGGGAGGGAGACGGAAUUCAGGAGGAUACCUGGGAGUCCGAGCCCCAAAUGAGGAUUGAUUAUCCAGAGCUGUUUCGGGAUGUCAUUGGAGAGUUUGGUGAUGUGAAUUCGGGGUCGAAUUCCUUGUUAGUGGGGGAGAAUUGUAAUGACCCACCUCCACUAUCCCCACUAUCUCCACCAUCUCCACCAUCCCCACCACUCCCACCAUCUCCACCAUCCCCAACUUCUUUAAAGAGAAAGAGAGAGAGAAGGAGAGAGAGAGAGAGAGAGAAAGAGAGAGAGAAAGAGAGAGAAAGCUCACCUGAGCUCGUCGCCGGAGCAACCGUGUGCCGUGAUCACGUUCAGCUUGCCACCACUGAUAAACGCCCUAGAUUUGGAGUCCAUUUGAGCAGCUGGAGUUCAUAUAUACCACUUCUCUUCAUUGCUAAGGUGAGACCGACGAGCAGGAGUGAUUAUCGGACCGGUGCUAUUGGGCUUUUGGGCUUCUAUCAUUUUUACCGCUUUUAUCUUUAUCGGGCCUUUAGGCCUUUGGACUUUUAUCGUUUAUGUUAUUCCUAUUUCAGACUUUCGGUUUAUGUCGUAUUUUAUAUUUCGGAUGUUAUCGAUGUUGGGCUUUUAGGCCUUUUGGUAUCGUAUUGACUUUUAUAUUAUGAUAUGAAGAUUAUUAUUAUUUGAGUUGUAUUAUUAUUUUAUUUCCACUUUUAUCAAUUUAUUAUAUUUCGAAAGUAGCGGGUGCCACAUUUUGGUAUCAGAGCUAUUUACUUAUCGUAACAUUUUAUUAUGUAAAUCGGGGUGUCACAAAAAGAUUGGCAAUAAGUUUGUGGGGGGCAAGGAUAGUAUAGUAAACAAGGAGAUUUUGAGGGUCUUAUGAGUGUUAGGAACAUUUUAAGAAGUUUAGUCUUUUACAUGUAGAAUUGAGGCAUUAAUUUAAUAAUUAUGAGUAAGCUCUGAAACAAACUGUUUAAAGUUGGUGAAGAUAGUUUCGACAGCGUAGAAUUGGUCUACCUCCUCAAUCCAAAGACCUGAUUUUCAGAGAUGUAGAAGUUGUUGUUGGAUGAUGACGCGUUUCCAACUUACCAAAAAAAAUUAGUUGACAUGAAAAGGUGUAUGAUAGAUUUUUGUUGUAAUUUAGAUAUUGUCCAUAAACCAUAAAAAAGGAGCAGACUAUACAAAAGAACGUGAAGAAGAUUAAAACAUAGGCAGCUUGUCAGAUUUAAAUAAUAAAAACAAGAAGAAGAAGAAACAGAGACAUGGAAGAAUCAGAACAAGUUCUUCCUCUGCGCAAUUACAAAUUCUAAUCUUUCUUAUAAUUUCAGUUCCUAAAUGGAUAACGAAAUACUAACAAACAUUUCUUGACAGUAACAAAAGCCAAAGAUCCGACAAACGCAUCGUCGGCGUCAUCGUCUUCAUCAUGCGAAACCACAGAGGAAACACCAGUCUCCAGCAACGAGGAAGAAGAAGAAGAAGAGAACUCUCCAAUCCGAGAAGUAGCACUCACCGUUCCGACGACAGACGACCAUUCGUUACCUGUCCUAACAUUCCGCAUGUGGGUCUUAGGAAGUAUCUCUUGCAUCCUCUUGUCGUUUCUCAAUCAGUUCUUCUGGUACAGAAGAGAGCCUCUUGUAAUAUCCGCCAUCUCCGCUCAAAUCGCCGUCGUUCCCCUCGGGCGUCUCAUGGCGGCUAAAAUCACGGACAGAGUCUUCCUCCAGGGGUCAAAAUGGGAAUUCACGUUGAAUCCAGGUAGCCUAAGAAAGGACUAAAGAGAUAGUAACCUGGAUCAAUCUAAUCCAUUUUGGUUAGAUUGUAAGAAGUUGUUAUCUUUUUUUUUUUUUGAUUAACGUCAGGCCCGUUUAAUGUGAAAGAGCAUGUGUUGAUCACUAUUUUCGCUAACGCCGGAGCUGGAUCUGUUUACGCAAUUCACAUCAUUACUGUUGUGAAGGCGUAUUAUAUGAAGAACAUGACGUUCUUCGUCUCUUUCAUUGUUAUGGUUACCACCCAAGUUCGUAUUUUUAAGCUUUCCAUUCUUUACAAAAAAAAAAAAAAGAAGUUUGGAAUUGGAUCGAAUUAUUGUUUCUGAUAGAUUAAGAGUGAUUUAUGUUUAGGUGUUAGGGUUUGGUUGGGCCGGAAUAUUCAGGAAAUAUCUUGUUGAACCGGCGGCGAUGUGGUGGCCGGCGAAUCUUGUUCAAGUCUCUCUCUUUAGGUUAGUAGUGUGUUUUUGGACCUUUUAGAAAACUGUGUGGUCAAAUGUCAGAAAACGAUGGAAAAAAUGUCAUUCCAACUUCGAUGAUUGUGGCGUGAUAUAUAAGUUAUAUUAUAGUAACUAGAAGAUAAUAUAUUCAAUUCCCGCGAAUAUAAUUUAUUUUUACGUUUA